GCCGGCUGACAACUCACAGCGCAUGAGCCACAUGGUCCAGAGUCCAGGCAGACAAAAACAACCCAGAUCCCCCCUUCGCAGCUGAGCUACCUGCAAGAGGGCCUCUAUUCCCUACAGAUCCACACAACACCCUCCUUGGACAAAAUGGAGUAUAUAAACGCCCUGGUGCCAUCAACAUUGUUAAAGUCAGUGUCGAGUGCGAGUUCAGAACUCACCCGCCGUGUUUGGGCUCCGAGUCCCCCAACCCAGAGGCCAUUCCGGGUUUGUGACCACAAGCGCAACGUCCGCAAAGGUCUGACUGCAGGGACCUUGCAGGAGCUGUUGAUCAAGGCAAGGGAGACCCUGCUGAUCUCCAGCAUCGUUUCCUUGGUGCUGGAAGAAGAUGGCACCGUUGUGGAAACAGAGGAAUUCUUUGACGUCCUAGACGAUAACACGGCCUUGAUGGCGCUGGAGAAAGGGCAGAAAUGGAGCCACGCCAGGGGCAGCAGCCGGUCCUAUGCGCUCAGCGGUGAGAAACCGAGGAACAGCCGUGACAUUGCCCGCAUCACCUUUGACGUCUACAAGCUCAACCCCCGCGACCUCUUUGGCAGCCUGAACAUCUCGGCCACUUUCUACGGACUCUACUCCAUGAGCUGCGACUUCAAGUGUCUGGGGCCCAAGAAGGUGCUAAGGGAGAUUUUGCGUGUGGCAUCCACCGUCAUGCAUGGCAUCGGGCACAUUCUUCUUGGGGCAUCCCACUACAUCCGCCGGAUCCUGGACGGAGGCGAGAACUGGCACUCGCAUGCCCGCGUGAGCUACGAACGCUGAAAGCUGCCACCCUCCUCUUCCUCCCUCUCCUGAGACAAGAUUCCUUCACAGCACCUGCUCUUUCGGCUCCAAAGAAAUCCCAGAUCUCUGUUUCUGUUGGGGAUGUUAAUUAAAAAGGGUACAGUGGUACCUUGGUUCUCAAACUUAAUCCGUUCUGGAAGUCCGUUCCAAAACCAAAGCGCGUUCCAAAACCAAGGCACGCUUUUCCCAUAGAAAGUAAUGCAAAAUGGAUUCAUCCAUUCCAGACUUUUAAAAACAACCCCUAAAACAGCAAUUUAACGUGAAUUUUACUAUCUAACGAGACCUUUGAUCCAUAAAGCGAAAGCAAGAAUCUAUGUACUGCACUAUAAAAGAAAUAACAGUACAGUGGUACCUUGGGUUAAGUACUUAAUUCGUUCCAGAGGUCCAUUCUUAACCUGAAACUGUUCUUAACCUGAAGCACCACUUUAGCUAAUGGGGCCUCCCGCUGCUGCUGCGCCACCGGAGCACAAUUUCUGUUCUCAUCCUGAAGCAAAGUUCUUAACCUGAAGCACUAUUUCUGGGUUAGCAGAGUCUGUAACCUGAAGCGUAUGUAACGUGAAGUGUAUGUACAGGUACCACUGUAUUGUAGGUGAUAAAAAUUUAAAUCGUUUUUUUUUCUUCUUACCGGCACUGAUGAUAGUCAGCUUUUAUCCAUAUCUGCAGUCACACAAUCAAUCAAUCAAUCAAUCAAUCAGUAGCUGAACUGGGUUCCACGCAGUCACAAAAACAAAUGAACCGAAAAAGCCUCAGAAACAAAAACGCAAAAUAGAUAGCAAAAACAAAAGCGCCAAACUUAAUCCGUUCUGGAAGUCUGUUUGACUUCUGAAAUGUUUGGAAACCAAGGUGCAGCUUCUGAUUGGUGCAGGCGCCCCAGAAACAAUAGCCAACAGCCGCAUCGGACGUUCGGCUUCUGAAAAACGUUCAAAAACUGGAAGACUUCCGAGUUUUCGGCGUUUGGGAACCAAGGCAUUUGAGAACCAAGGUACCACUGUAUUUAAUAACCAAACACAUAGGAAACCUUGAACCAGACCUUCCUUUUGGCAUAGAGGAGAUGGUUGGGGAGGUGGCGAAUAGCCGCCGAGUGGCAGGUUCUGGCAGCUUAACAGAGAUGCAACAUGAAGCAGGGAUGAGAAAAUCUGUUGCCUGCUAGAUGUUGCUGGACUACAAUUCCCAUCAUCCCUGAGCGCUGUCUGGAGCCGGUGGAGAGUUCAGCAUCCAGAAGACUCCUGGUUUGCCCAUUGCUGGUUAUUGUUAUUAUUCCUCCAGUGCUUCCCUCGCAAAACCGACCCAAAGCGACUCACAACGUGAGCGCUGGAACUGAUUGCAGCAAACAAAUGAAUGAAAAUCUUCUUUUAAAAAAUGCAUUUACACAAAUAAAAGGUCUUAGAGAGGCUGAAAA